AUGAUAAACAGAUGCCGGCGGUCUGUGCCGCGCACAACUUCCCGCCCCAGGUGUUGUCUGGUGGUUUGGCACGGCGGGGCCUGGCCGGAGAGCGGUAGGAGCGCUGGGCACGACGCACCGAGAGCCUUCGGGCGGCACGACGGGGUGGGUUUGGGUCAGUUGUGUGUUAGUAAAGCAUGCGACUCAAACCUCUUGAAAUCCUAUCUUCAUAAAAAGAGAAGCGAACAAGUACACGACUCUAAAUACUGUCUCUUUGUUUGUUUGUUUUUCAGGUUAGCACUGUAUGUAUAUGAAUAUCUGCUCCAUGUAGGAGCACAGAAAUCAGCCCAGACAUUUUUAUCGGAGAUAAGAUGGGAAAAAAACAUCACACUGGGGGAGCCCCCAGGAUUCUUGCACUCCUGGUGGUGUGUAUUUUGGGAUCUCUACUGUGCAGCUCCAGAAAGACGUGAAACAUGUGAACAUUCAAGUGAAGCAAAAGCCUUUCAUGACUAUAGUGCUGCAGCAGCUCCCAGUCCAGUGCUAGGAAACAUUCCCCCGGGAGAUGGCAUGCCAGUAGGUCCUGUACCACCGGGUUUUUUUCAGCCUUUCAUGUCCCCUCGGUACCCUGGAGGUCCAAGGCCACCUUUAAGAAUACCCAACCAGGCACUUGGAGGUGUCCCAGGAAGUCAGCCAUUAUUGCCUAGCGGGAUGGACCCAACACGGCAGCAAGGGCAUCCAAACAUGGGUGGACCUAUGCAGAGAAUGACUCCUCCAAGAGGAAUGGUUCCUUUAGGACCACAGAACUAUGGAGGUGCAAUGAGACCCCCACUGAAUGCUUUAGGUGGCCCGGGGAUGCCUGGAAUGAACAUGGGCCCAGGGGGUGGUAGACCUUGGCCAAAUCCAACUAAUGCCAAUUCCAUACCUUAUUCUUCAGCAUCUCCUGGGAAUUAUGUAGGUCCUCCAGGAGGUGGAGGGCCACCAGGAACACCCAUCAUGCCUAGUCCAGCAGAUUCAACCAACUCUGGAGACAACAUGUACACUUUAAUGAAUGCAGUACCACCUGGACCCAACAGACCUAACUUUCCAAUGGGGCCAGGGUCAGAUGGACCUAUGAGUGGACUGGGUGGAAUGGAUUCACAUCAUAUGAAUGGAUCAUUAGGGUCAGGAGACAUGGACAGUAUUUCCAAAAACUCUCCCAGUAAUAUGAGCAUGAGUAAUCAGCCUGGCACUCCCAGAGAUGACGGUGAGAUGGGUGGAAACUUCCUAAACCCUUUUCAGAGUGAGAGCUACUCCCCUAGCAUGACAAUGAGUGUGUGAUCCGUUAACAAGUCUCGUCCUGAAGACCACAGUGAGUUGGCCCUCUUCAGAGAGCUACUACAGAAGAAAAUUAUUCAUCCCAGUGUACAGUCUUAACAAAAGGAUCUCAGACACAAUCAGACCCACCAUUUUUUUUUCCUACCAUCUCCCCUGUUUUUUCAAGAAAGUGGGUCCCAAACAUGAUUGAGACAACUGAAUGGCAUAACAGAACUGCCCAUGAUGGAACUGCAAUUAUCUGUGUAUGUACAUGCAUGGGUAAAUGUAUAUGUAUGUGUGUGUGGCACAGAAAUACACACAUACAUAUAUAGCCCUGCAGGACACUGUAAAAUAUUAUCACAUGACAUCUUAAGUAGAAAUGAAAAGUAGGGACUUAUAUUCCAUCUUUUUUUUUUUCACGUUUACAUUUAAUUGUUAAAAUUUGCUUGCCCUCUCUCCUCCUGAACUGUUUUACGUUGCAUAUAUCAUUGCUUUAUAAGUUAUUUUUUAAGGUGAACUCAUUUGAUAAAUUCUGAUUUUGUAAAUGUCUGCCAUUAUGGAUAGGAAUAAAAUUGCUUAUAAGAGCUUUCAUUAACUUGUGUUUGAUACCAGUUACAUACCCUGUGAAUCACAAACUGUGUUGUCUCAAGAAAUAGAAGAAAGCUCAUCUUAAUUUUUCGGAGAAAUUUAAUAAUUUUCACCUAGUUUGGUGAUUUUUUUUAAUACUUUGCCUUUAAAAAA